AUGAAUCGAGACUCAUCUAGUUCUGCUACAUCCUUUUCUACAAUUCCUUCGCCCUUGUCGGUGGCCACUAACCCAGGACUUCACACCUACGAGAGCAAGGUAUGGGAGGGUAUUGAGAUCGGAACUGCUCGAUCUCCAAACCUGUCAUGGUUCGGGGCGUCUUCUCUCUUCUACUUUAUCGGACGAAUGAAUAGAUACCUGAGUGCUACUCUGCAGCAAACCCAAUCAACUGACCAGAUGGCCCUCCAUGGCUCUGCCAUCACACUACUAGGGGCCGGAGCAAGCGAGACUACUGUGGACAUAGAUCAUCAAGCCGCAAUUUCUGCCAACAACUCAUUGACAGCAGGGAAAUUCCUAAGCCCCACACAAGAGGAAUAUUUCCUUGAUCUAUUCUGGAGCUCCUAUCAUACCUGUCUAUUCCCUAUAAUUAACGAGGCCGAGUUCAUGGCCCACUACCGAUCUCUUUGGAAAGUUCCCGGAGAAAUAAGGAGGCCAUCUGCUCUUGUUGACAUUGUUAUCGCAAUAUGUAUGCAGUUCGGUGUCUCAAAGCUACCCACCGACAGUCAACAGCCCAUCGCCGAUGGAGACGCAUGUGUGUCUGGUCGCUGGUACUAUCAGCGGUGCCAAAUGCUAGUAGGAUACCAGCUCGAGAACCCUACUAUAUCAACUGUUCAAACUCUCAUGUUGUGCUCGAUCUACCUGUGCAAUGGAUCUUUCCAAAAUAUGUCGGCUUCUGCCAGUGCAACCGCCACUAGAGCAGCAUAUGCCGCUGGUCUACACAUAAAACCAUCUAUAACUAUCCCCGUGACCGAAAGUGAGCUACGGAAACGCAUAUGGUGGGCGUUAUACAGUCUAGACUCCAAAAUUGGAAUGAAGCUCGGCCGUCCGUUCUUAGUGGAGCGAUCGGCUGCUGAACCAGGACUCCCGGAAGACGACCCCGAUGCUGCUUUGCGAUCCGGAUCCCAUUUCGCUCCUCUUACCGGCAACAGGACCUGGCUUAGUUUUCACCAUCACAAUGCCAAACUAUUCAUAGUUGCUCGCGAAAUCCAUACCAAUUUCUACGCAAAGGAAAUCAACCUUUCCCAAGGCCAGUCUAUAUGGGAUGACCCAGAAGCACUUGAGUCACACGCAGAGCUCCUUCAGUUCCUCACAAAGAGCCUAGAAAAAUGGGUAGAUGAAGUCCCCUCCUCUCUAAAAACAAGCCGACAAAAUCACGGCUCGCCGUUUUCGACAGAUGGAUCCAGAUUGAACAUUGAGCAAUUUACACCAAUAUGGGUUCAGCGACAGCGCCUAAACCUAGAGCUGAUGUAUCACAAUCUAUGUUUAAACCUGCACCGCCCAUUCAUAUCAUUCUAUCCCGGGUCAGCUACCGGUCUAGCAGAGCAAUUAGCGGUACGCUGUGCUCGCCAUGCAAUAACACUCACUAACAUCACCCAUCAAGCACUCUCCUCGACAUCAAUCCUAGCGGGCUGGCAUGAAGCAUUUCAAUUACAGUGGAACGCAUCAAUGACGAUAGUAGGGUUUGUGAUCGCCUACCCACAGGGUGCUGCAGCAGGAGAGGCGCGGAAAGCAAUAGACGCCGCUAUAAGUGUAUUUGACAUGUUUGGUCAAUGUUUCUCUGUCGCAACUACUGCAGCCACUAUCUUGCGCAACCUCAGUUGUAAGAUUGAAUUUCUCCUGCAACAUUAUCCGGAGGCGCCGAGCAAAAUGGAUUCAGGUUUGAUGGGGCCCGUGGGGAAUGAUUGGUUGGAUAAUCUCAUGGCUGAUGCUCCCUCGUUUCCUAAUGGGUCUGAUAGUUCAAUGCAGGACAUGAUUCAGAUGGCGUUUGGUAUUGAUGGAUGGCGAAAUUUGGAUGCUCUUAUGCCAACUAUGGGAGAUGAUAUAUGGGGCAUCUAG